AUGUGCCGAAUCGAGGAGAAGGUCUACAUAGGAGCGGAUGGAAGGAGCAGGACCUUCCAGGAUACUUUUGAGUGUGACAGAGCCCGCCGUCGCGGCAGGCGCUGCUCGAAGCCCGAGAAAAGGACCAGAGAAUACAGAGGCGCACCACCGAUUACUCGCGAUGACGCACCCUCGCCUGCUUCGAACAACCCUCCAACGCCCACUGGAGUAGGAAGCUUUGUUGUCGAGGAACGUAGACCAUCAGCAAGCGGUGGACGGCGUCCGUCACUGAGACCCACUAGCUCAGUGAAACCUGAAAUCGUCAUCCAGAUUGGCUCCAAAAAGGACAGGGACACGAAGUACCCACGAACAUAUGUGCCCAAGACGUACAAGAGGUCCUCUUUAGGUGCCUCAUCCACGGCUUCUAACGAGAUUGCCGUUGAUUCACCAGGCUCCGACGCAUCUUACCCGAUCCGAACCGGCCUGCCAGAGACAGCUGUUCCUCAAACUCCUCCCUUCGGACAGCCACAAGGCUACGCAACCAGGCGAGCUGUGCCACAUGGACACCGCAACACUCCGUCAGCCUCCUCGGUCACUACAAGCCAGACGCCUUCACUCUAUACGACCUCAGAGACUGAGCCCGAGUCACCUUUGGGUCGACAGGCUCCCGAGUACCCUCGCACUAUUGUUCACAAUUCACGGCCGAAUCCGUCUCCACCAACCACGUCACGUGUGCAGACCACGCAGUCAAGUGCCUACCGUAUAAGGCUUGAUGUUCCUCAUAACUCGUCACGGGACACGAGCUCGUCGCGCGAUAAUUCAGGCGACUACUCCGACGUUGUUGAUCUAUAUGCUUCUUCCAAUGCAUCCAACGCAAGCUCGACCCGCGCCGCGGCGCCUGAGAUCACUGAUCGCGCCAUCGAUCGUGAACGCCGACGGAAGAGGAAAGAGGAGCAGGAGCAGGAACGUCGUAUUGACGAGGCACUAGCUCAGGCAACAGAGCAGGCAAAGAAAGAGGUGAGAUUCGCAACGCUUGAGACUGGUCGCUAUGAGGAGAGAGAACGGCUCCGCAAAGGACAGAGUGACAAACAAAAGGCCGAAGAACGCGAUAGGGAACAGGAGAGGCAGCUUAAGAAGGCGAUAAAGAGGCCUGAACGCGAGAAAACCCAGCCACCUACGAGCUACAACCAGAAGCAUACAAGUGGUAAGCGUUCGCGUAGAGGUUCCAUGACUCAAGCAGACAUCGAUGAGCAAGCCCGCCUUCUCCGGCAGGAGGAAUUGCAGAUGUCCCUAGAACGCACAGCUGCAGAACAACGAGAACGCGAAGAAGCCGUGCAACAGCGUUUUGUAACACGACCCCAGCCUCAACAUUCACACUCGUAUCCUGUCGAGGAGACGAGGCCUAGUGGCCGACGUCGACAAAGCAUCAUUGUUGAACCACCGGUUCUAGCGCCCUUGAACACUUCCUUCCAGCAGCAGCCAUCGUAUGCUACCCGUCCACCGAGUUCGCACGCGCAGUCCUACACGACACGUGAUCAACUCCCUUCCGCACGUUACUCGCCCUCUCAAACAGGACAUCCAUUCGCACAACCACCCCGAAUCUCGAACUCUAGCAUGGACAACAACCCCUUCGCUGCCCCUUCGACUCGUCCCAUUCACCCGUCCCAUCCACCAGUACCGGUUGUGCACCACUAUCCUCCUGUCGGGUCCAGCAGUACAUGGGACACUCAAGCUAUCCAGAAUGCUUUGCCUUCGUACCCUAGUGGGCAGCCAGCGCAGUACGCCACGCAAGGACAUAGUCGGGCUCAGCAAGCAACCCGGAACAUGAACCAAGCCUACCAAACCCAUGAUGAGUGGUCCUCGCGCUAA